GGUGGAAGCUCCGCCGUGCGCCAGGGCGUUUGCCUCGUCGUCACUAGGGAGCCGAGGAAUGAGACAUUAGACUCUUUCUGAAGUUGAGAGGUUUCAUCGUUUGUUUCUGAAUUUUUAAGAGGAGCUAUUGAUUUUCGUCGUCCAUUUCGCAGCUUUCAAAGUUUGGCGGUCGGUCGUCCUCCGGUAUCCAAUCUGUCUGCUUCAGCCCACCUUCAACCCCGCCUCGACAGCUUCCUGCAGCUCGCAUACCGAUUUCAUUCAACAGCGCUUCGGCUACGAACCUCGCCCAGCAUGACAGAAGUCGCAUUUGCAAGGACAUUUCUGUCCUCGCUCGACUCCCGUCCCGUCAAGCUGUCCCCCGAUCAUGUCGAGGACCCCAAGAACUUCCCGGCGCGGCCGCCGUAUAUACUCCCCCGGAUGCCGCACGCCAUGAGCAAGCCGACGAGCCUGGCCCCCGGCCAAGAGCGCAGCAUCACCGUGACACUCAAGUCCCUGCGGAACCCGCCUCUCGACAUCAAGCUCACGUCGCAACCUCUCGCUACGUCCUUCCUCGAUAUGAAGAGUGCCGUUUCCAGUCAGACGAGGAUACCGGUCGACAAGAUGAAGAUCCUUCACAACAAGAGGCCCCUGACGGAUAGCAAGAUUCUCAAGGACAUUGUUGGGGACAGCGACAAGGCCGUGGAGCUCGCCGUGAUGGUGAUUGGAGGCGCAUCGGCCAUCCCGCCAGAGCAACCUGCCGCCACUGCGCCCGCCGAAGCAACGGGAACUGCAGCGGUGGAGACUGAUGCCUUCUGGGCGGAUCUCAAGGGUUAUCUGAUGCAGCGGUUAAAGGAUCAGGCAGCGGCUGAGGAGCUGUCGCGCCUCUUCAAGUCGAGUUGGGAAUCGAGCAAGUCAGCGCCAUAAUCAAGAUAAAUAGUUGAACGGAAGCACACUACAAUUUCUACGAGCCAUUGG